CAGAGGCUGGACUGCUACAUCCGGGUGUCUGGCGGCCUGUGGCUGUUUUGUUUUACGUGCUGAAACCCGGGGUAAGUGAGGAAGUCCGGUGAGGCGCGACUGCAAGCUCCUGACCGACUUCGCGGGCGGGGCAGAGUGCCCCUGGACUGACCUGAAAAAAAUGUCUGGAUUUCUGGAAGGCUUAAGAUGCUCAGAGUGCAUUGACUGGGGGGAAAAGCGCAAUACUAUUGCUUCCAUUGCUGCUGGUGUUCUAUUUUUUACAGGCUGGUGGAUUAUCAUAGAUGCAGCUGUUAUUUAUCCCACUAUGGAAGAGUUCAACCACUCAUACCAUGCCUGUGGUGUUAUAGCAACCAUAGCCUUCCUAAUGAUUAAUGCAGUAUCGAAUGGACAAGUCCGAGGUGAUAGUUACAGUGAAGGUUGUCUGGGGCAAACAGGCGCUCGCAUUUGGCUGUUCAUUGGUUUCAUGUUGGCCUUUGGAUCUCUGAUUGCGUCUAUGUGGAUUCUCUUCGGAGGUUAUGUUGCUAAAGAAAAACCCAUAGUGUACCCAGGAAUUGCUGUAUUUUUCCAGAAUGCCUUCAUCUUUUUUGGAGGACUGGUUUUUAAGUUUGGCCGCACUGAAGACUUAUGGCAGUGAAAACAUCUGAGGUCCGACAGCACAGCAGCCCUGCAUGGGUUUUUGUUUUUUUUACUGCUCACUCCCAAUUUUUUGUAAUGCCAUUUUCUAAAUCUAUUUCUGAGUGUAGUCUCAGCUUAAAGUUGUGUAAGACUAAAAUCAUGAGAACUCCCUAUUUACACAGCAAGUCUAUUGUGGUAUACACUUUACUAACUUAUAAAAUGUAAAAGGAAACUAUUUCACAGAGUAAUUUUGUCAAGUUUUAUCAUGGUAUAAUUUGUAAAAAAUAAAAAUAAAAAAUUACAAAAGA